AUGACCGAGGCGCAAAAAUAUGAAGGCGCCCUAUAUAAAGCGAAGCCCCAGAAGGGCAACAAACAAGGCAAAAAACAGACCGACAAGUCCAAAACCUUGACUACCACCAACGGAAACUCCGCCAAUACCAAAAAGCCUCGCCAUCCUUACGUCGAAGACGCUCCCGAUGCAGACGAUCCUGAUUACAAGCCCCCUCCCCCAGCCCCGAGUCCUCCGCGCGACUCGACCAAGGCCGCUUCAAAGCCCACUCCCAAGUCCGCAAAGUCCACAGAACUGGCUGCUCCUGCCGAGCCAGACGACGUCAACGUCUUUGACUUUCUCGUCGGUGACCAGACACCAGCUGCGUCGAAAGUCUCGCUGGCUGGGAGUUCCAAGGAACAAAUGGCGAUGAUCUCCAACGCCCCGUCGGUGUUUGAGCCGAGCAAGGCGUUGGCACAGUACGACACGGACGUUGAAGAAGAAGACCGAGAAUACGAUGUCGCCUAUGAGGAGAAUGGAUUCUCCUACGGCGCUGACCCGAUCAAGCCUUCAAUGUACGAAAACCAAGUGUCCAACAUUUCCAUGGACUUCAUGACACCCGCGCCCAAGAAGAAAGAGAAGAAGAGUCGCAAGAAAGGCGCCAGCCGCGACUCGCCAGACCCAGAGGCGAAAACUACCAGCGACAAGAAGCGCAAGCGCGGACACGUCGAUGAGCUGGAUGUUGAGGCAGCGAAUGGGCGUCCGGAGGAGGACACGCCGAUGACAGACGCUCCGUCCAGCGUGAUCAACCACGCAGGUACGCCGUACCUUCAGCACUCGGGAUUGACUGGAGGCUUGGAUCGCAUGCUGCGCGAAGAAAGAUCUCUGUCGCCAGACUAUGAAGACUACACCGACGACGAGGGAGACUCGCGGCGGUACCAAGACCCCCAGUCGCCGCUGAAAAGAACACGACGCAGCGACAAACCGGCCGGCCCUGGAGACAACGGGCUGGGCAUAUCCCUCAAAGGGCGCGCCGGACGCAUCAUGUCCAUGUUCAGCGGAUCCAAUGUGUCUGGCAGCAGCCAUGGAAGCGCCGAGCCACCAUCCAAAGCCCUCGUCCGCACACGCCCGUCCGCGGACGAUGGUGACCACAAUGGCGCGCUGGUCCAGGUCCGGCGGUCGAAAAAGACAGCAAACGUGCGACACGUACGGGCUGGAGAGUCGCGCAAGACCAAACGCAAGAUCAGCCAGCAGAGCUACGGCAACGACCACUAUGACUCGACUCGACCGUCUCGCCGUCUCAAGGCGAUUGAAUACCACGGCGGCGGAGGCUCAGACAGUCCCGGCGACGACAACCGCAAGAUGGUCGUGUACCACCACCACGAGCGACUCACCGAGGAAGAAGCUGAGCGCGAAAAGGCCGGUUACUUUUUGUCGCUGGUCACCAAAGGCCCGGAGAGCGAGCGCGGGUGCUCGAUCAACAAGGCUCUGAAACGCUUCCAUCGUGACUACCCAUCUAUCGCGGGCUCGUUGCAGGACCAUGAAGAAGACGUGCACGAUCGUGACCGUCGCGGCCGCGGACGCAGCAGCCGGGCUGAUCGAGACGUCCGGGUCGACGAAGAAAAGGACCUGUGGCGCACUCUGCGACUAAAAAGAAAUGACCGGGGCGAGGUUGUCGUAUUUUUCUAA